AGCGUGACAACGCGAACGCACAACGCAACGUGCGUUCUGCGUGGUUGUGCACGAGACAUGGAGUGGCGAACAGUAGUGGUGAUAGUGCUGGUCGUGAGCCUUUGCUUCUUUAUCGUGCCAAUCAAAGUCAAACCCGAUAAAGCUGUUGAGGACGCGGAACUGUUCGCGAAAUACGUAGAGCGAUACAAUAAGUCCUACAGGGACAAUCUCGCGGAAUAUAAUAAGAGAUUCGAGUGUUUUCAGCAAUCAUUGCGACAUAUCGACAGGCUGAACGGUUUACGGUCGUCGCAAGAAAGCGCGUUCUACGGGCUGACAGAAUUCUCCGAUUUAUCCGAAGAUGAAUUCUUGCAAAAAGCACUACUCCCCGACUUACCUUUGCGGGGACAAAAACACACGACAGCGUCGUAUUAUCGUCAACACUCUACGAACUCGGUUAAUCGUGUGAAAAGAUUGACGGGUAUACCCUCUAAAUUUGAUUGGCGGGACCAAAGGGUUGUAGGACCAGUUAUGAGUCAAGAGAGUUGCGGUGCGUGUUGGGCGUUCAGCACGAUCGGGGUGGCCGAGUCGAUGUACGCCAUAAAAAACGGAACUUUGUAUUCCUUUAGCGUGCAGGAAAUGAUUGACUGCAUGCCAGGCAGUUACGGAUGCCAAGGCGGUGACAUAUGUAGUUUACUCUCGUGGCUGCUGGUGUCGAAAACAGAAAUUAUAUCUGAGACCGAUUAUCCUCUCAAAUGGCGCACCGAUACGUGUAGACUGCCCAAAAUUUCCACGAAGACAUCGGGAGUUAAAGUAACAGACUUUACAUGCGACAGCUUUGUGAACGCAGAGACUGAACUUUUGACGAUGCUCGUUACUCACGGACCCGUGGCGGUUGCUGUGAACGCCAUAUCUUGGCAGAAUUAUUUAGGCGGCGUAAUACAGUAUCAUUGCGACGAUUCGUGGGGAAGCUUGAAUCAUGCGGUGCAGAUAGUGGGAUACAACACGGUAGCGAGUAUACCGCAUUAUAUCAUAAAAAAUUCGUGGGGACCGUCCUUUGGUGACAAAGGUUACAUUUACAUUGCGAUCGGCAAAAAUUUAUGCGGUAAUGAAUAAGCGGCAUACAGUACUUGCGCUAAUUGAGCCGAGUGCUUAGUUUCCUAACGAAUACUUCGUUGUGUGUUCGCAGGUAUAGCUAAUCAAGUCUCGUCGCUCGAAGUUGCUUAAUCGAUCGUAGCAGAAUUUUAAAUCGCAGCGUUUCCAAUUUCUAACUGAAAUAAAUCAAUAGGUGUUGUAAGGAAACAUUGUGACUUAAUAAAACACGUUAUUAAGUACAC